AUGAAAUCUACCGGGGCUAGCUCUGAUGCGGGUACCUCGCCCUGCUCCUCAAUGAUGGGAUCCUUUAAUGGAUCCCCUAGUGGUGCAACUGGGGCAACUAUGGGACGUCCUCGUCCCCUACCUCGAGCCGGUGCCCUCCCUUGGCCUCUGCCUCAGCCUCUAGCAACGGGAGGAGCAGCUCCUCCCAGCUGCAGAAUCACUUCGCGGGCUGCAGAUCAGCUACAGAGUGCAACAGGACUUGAGCCAAUUUUGAGGACCAUUAUGCGAUUGAAGUCGCUAGGAUUUUCGGAACGUUGUAGUAAUUUAAGGAAAGCUCAAGCGAGUAUUCAGCGGAUUUGGAAGCGCGUCCCGACUGUGAUCCAGGGGCAGUUUCGUAGACGUGGUAGAUUCAUUGUUCCUGUGCCUGCUCGCGUUACUGUUCUCGUAGUCGCCCCUUUGAGCUUGGCGGUAGUGGACGAUCUGAGAGUAAGGUCAUGUUCUCGGGUGAGGCUGGGGGUGGGGUCCAGGGGUGGGAAGGGGGGUAAGAAAGCCUUUAGGUUGAGAAUUGGGUCUUGGAACAUUGGGACGUUGACGGGGAAGUCUAUAGAGUUAGGUAAGAUUCUUCAGAAGAGGAAGAUUAACAUAGCGUGUGUUCAGGAGACUAGAUGGAAUGGUACUAGGGCACGAGAUGUAGACGGAUAUAAACUAUGGUACUCAGGGAGCGCUGGGGGUAAGAAUGGGGUAGGUAUUUUAGUAGACAGUGACCUCAGGGAGCUCGUGGUUGAGGUUAAUAGGGUAAAUGACAGGUUGAUAAGUAUUAAGCUGGUAGUUGGUGGGUUUACUAUAAAUGUGAUUAGUGCUUACGCUCCUCAGGUAGGUUUGGACCAGGAGGUUAAGAAGCAAUUCUGGGAGGAUUUGGACGAGAUGGUGCGUAGUAUCCCGCACACAGAGAAGUUGUUCAUUGGCGGAGAUUUCAAUGGUCAUAUUGGGGCUAGUGCUAGGGGUUAUGAUGAUGUGCAUGGCGGGUACGGUGUUGGGGUUAGGAAUGAGGGAGGUAAUUCACUAUUGGAUUUUGCUAGAGCUUUUGAUUUGGUUAUAGCUAACUCGAGUUUUCCGAAGAGGGAAGAGCACCUGGUCACUUUCCGGAAUUCAAUGGGCAAGACUCAAAUUGAUUAUCUUCUUUGCAGGAAGUGUGAUAAAGGUUUGUGCACUAACUGCAAGGUCAUCCCAAGUGAGCACCUCACGACUCUACAUAGGCUCUUAGUUAUGGACCUGGAGAUCAAGAGGAGUAGGAGGAAGAGGGCCGAGUGCAGGCAACCUAAGAUCAAGUGGGGUAGCUUGACCAAGGACAAAGAUCAGGAGUUAGGGGAGAAGUUGUUGGCUAUGAGGGCCUGGAUGAGUAGGGGGGACGCGUCUAGUAUGUGGUUCACGACUGCGAAUUGCAUUAGGGUAGCUGCUAGAGAGGUCCUAGGGGUCACGAAGGGCUUCCCUGGGUGUCAUAAAGGGGACUGGUGGUGGAAUGGAGAGGUUCAAGGUAAAGUGGAAGCUAAGAAAGCUGCUUAUUUGAAUCUAGUGGAGAGUACAAACGAGGAGGAAAAAUGGACUUAUCGGGAAUGUUAUAGAAAGGCAAGGAAAGAGGCGAAGUUAGCAGUUACGACGGCUAAGAACGCGGCAUUUGCUCGUUUGUACGAGGAGCUUGAGGGCAAAGGCGGGGACAAGAGGUUGUACCGGUUGGCCAAGGUGAGGGAGAGGAAAGCCCGCGACUUAGACCAAGUCAAGUGCAUCAAGGACGAGGAUGGAAAAGUCUUGUUGGACGAGGCACUUAUUAGGAGAAGAUGGCAGACAUACUUCCAUAAACUGUUGAAUGAGGAGGGGGAUAGACACCUUGUGCUGGGUGAGUUGGAGCACUCCGAGAGUCGGCGGGAUUUUGGGUACUCUAGGCGAAUUACGAUGGAGAAGGUGGAAGGGGCGAUGCGUAAUAUGUGCAGGGGCAGAGCAACAGGGCCAGAUGAAAUCCCGGUGGAAUUUUGGAAGAGCGCGGGGCGGGCAGGGUUGGAGUGGCUCACCGGGCUGUUUAAUGAAGAAAGUAGGAACCGGCCAAGGAGCCAAUGCCACCCCAGGAGUGGCAGUUGGUUUAUACCUAAUGAUGCGGGUGAACACCCGAGGGGUGAGGAUAUUCCCCCAGCUACACCACCACCUGAUGCUACUACUGCUACUCCGACUGCACCAAUUCCUACUCCUACUGAGGGUGCAGCUAUACACACCCGACUGAUAUUCCAGUUCCACCUCCAACCCCAGCUUUCGGUCCCGGUGUUUCUGAUGGGGACCUUAGGGGAUCCAUACAGAUGUUGGCUUAGAUAG